UGUGUAAUGUGACCUAAUUACUUUAACAUAAUAUCUACGAAUUGAUUAUGAAAACUAUUUAAAAUAUUAUUUAAUGACCGUGACUCAACUCAAACACGUUACCUGUUAUUAGAAAAGCUAUUUAUAUAAUAAUGAAAUUAAUACUGUUUCGUUAGUAUAGCUGUGGAUUACCUACAGGAACAAUGAUCGUGCUUAUAUUAUUAUCUGUAGUGAUUUGUGUAUUGACAUUCAUAUAUUUUAAAGGACUCUACAAUGAGAACUACUGGAAAAAGCGAGGAGUAAAAUUUGACAACAGGAAUAAAGUGAUGGGACCUUUGUGGGAUUUCCUUAUUGGUGAACAAUCUAUGUUUGAAAUCUUAGCAGAUUUGUAUGCGAAGUAUUCUGAUGAACCCGCCGUUGGCUUUGGAUCUAUAACUUCACCUGCCCUAUACGUCACAGAUGUGACGAAUGUCCGGUAUGUAUUGCAGGGACCCAUGUUCAUCGAUAGAGGAGUUAAUUACCUUGAAGACGAUUACUUGGCAGAUAACAUACUCUUUAUGAGUGGCGCUAGAUGGAAGCUCAUGAGACAAAAGAUGACUCCGCUAUUUACGUCUUCAAAGUUAAAGAACAUGUAUUAUAUCAUGGAUAAGAGCGCUCUGGACUUUAUUGACUACUUAAAUAAUAAUCCUGACAAGCGAGAGGCUAAGGACACAUUCAAUACGUUAAAUAUGUUCUGCAGUGCAGCUGUUGGAGCUGCUGUUUUUGGAGUCAGCACAAAAUCCAUAUUUGACUCUCCAUUCCUGGAAAUGGCUAGAAAUGCGAUGAGAUCUACAUUUCAGAAUAAUAUAAAAUUUGCUCUCGCAAGCGUAGCUCCAAAACUAUUCACGGCAUUAAAAUUACGAUUAUUUAAAAAGUUUGAACCAUUUUUCAUUGGUGCGAUGAAACAGGUUUUUAGACAACGAGAGCAAGAAAAUGUAAAGAAGCAUGACUUUGUUGACAUUUGCUUGAGCAUCCAGAAGAAUGAUGUUAUGAAGAAUGAAGACGGUAGUCUAGAGAUGGAACCGACGGACGAGCUGUUGGCUGCUCAAGGGUUCUUUUUCUUUAUUGCAGGUGUAGAACCAAUAGCGACUACUAUUUUAUGUACCAUGAUUGAAAUAAGCAGACAUUCUGAAAUAAAAGAAAGACUUCAGGGAGAAAUUGAUUUAAUAUUUGAUAAGUACAACGGACUAUUGCCAUUUGAUGCUUUAACCGAACUUGAGUAUUUGGACAAUGUUAUAAAUGAAGCUUUGAGAAUGUAUCCUCCGAUAAGUUUUUCUACAAGACGAUGUAUGGAGGACACGGUAUUACCUGUUGGUAAUAUUAAAAUUGAUAAGGGUACUACUCUAUGGCUCCCUAUAUAUGAUUUUCACUAUAAUCCUAAAUUCUUUGAUAAUCCAUACAUGUUUGAUCCUGAUAGAUUUUCUGGAGUCAAACAAAAUAAUGGUGUUCUCUAUCAGCCUUUCGGCUUUGGAACCAGAACGUGCAUCGGCAUGCGAUACGCAAAACUUCAAGUGAAGUGCAGCUUGGCUCAUAUAAUCCAUAAUUUUGAGUUGAAAACUGUUAUUGGUGAAGGUGGAAUGAAAUUUGGUAAAGAACGGAUACAGUUGCGAAUAGAAAAUGUUAAUAUAGAGUAUAUUCCUAGAAAAAUAAACGUUAAAUGAUGUGAAAUUAAGUUGUAUUACAAAUUAAAGAUCUACCGCUUUGUUGACUACUCACUUACGACGUUUUUACAUUUUGCA